GAAAGGAGAUACAUACAUGAUCAUGACGGUCGGUCGCAGCAGCCAAGUUGGCAACAAUGUCACGUGAUCUCACAAAUUUCGCUCGGAUCCGAAGUCUUAGCUGGCUAGCUGUACGAAGUUUGUAGGUCUCCAUCGUCGUUGAGCUCAUUGCUUGACGGUUUGAAAGGGAAGACCACCGCUACGUUCUUGGUGGAGGCAUGGUCAACAUGGCAGACGCCAAAAGGAGAUUUGAUCCAGCUGCUCAUCUCAGUAAACAAGGCUGGAAAGGGAAGGGCAGUGCCCUGAAGCAAGGUCAUUCGACUCGACCGCUGGCCGUGGUCAAGAAGAAGACGUUGUCUGGCAUAGGGAAGGAUCGAGACGAGGCUAUUCCGUUCUGGGAUCAUAUCUUCGCAGCGACAGCUGCUUCACUUCAAAGUUCUAUCGCUUCAUCACCCGCCGCUUCGACAUCUACCUCGCCAGCUCCUCCCUCUGUCAAUCCCUCUUCAUCGUCUACGGCCGGUUCCAGCCUCAGCAUCUCGGCCCGUAAAGGCAAAGAGGCGGCACGGAGAGGGCUCUACUCCAAAUUCCUCAAAGGCAAGACGCUGGCACCGGAGAAAGUCACAUUCGAUGAGCUGGUACCUGGCGUGACUUCAGACAUAGUACCUGAAGAAAUUCCAAAUGAUACAGCAGUGGAAGGGAAGAAGCGGAAGAAGAAGAAGAAGAGAAGAGAUGAGACUGUCAGAGAGGAGACGGAACUUCCAGAGGUGGAAAGCAAGGAAGACAGGAAGGCUCGGAGAGAAGAGAGAGCCAUGAGAAAAGCGGAGAAGGAGCUGAAGAGGAAGCGGAAAGUUGAGCAGCGAGAAGCAGAACCAAUCGCUGGCGUCUCAGAAGAGGUGGAGGAGUUUGGCGGCAGCGAGAAGGAGAAGAAGGAGAAGAAGAAGCGUAAACGAGACAAGGAAACACAGACGUAGAAUUUGUUGGAUGUAUGAGAGGGCUUUGACCCGUAUGAAG